ACCCAAACCCAAACCCAAACUCAAACCCAAACUCAAUACCCAAACCCAAACCCAAACCCAAACUCAUAUACCCAAACCCAAACCCAAACUCAAACUCAUAUACCCAAACCCAAACCCAAACCCAAACUCAAUACCCAAACCCAAACUCCCAAACGGUUUGGGUUUGAGUUUGGGUUUGGUGCAUGCCUAGUUGGAACAGAACCACAUUCAGCACAAUUCCAUUCAAUUUGUGGAGAAAACAUAAUUCAAGUGUACUAUGUACUUGUUAUCGAUAGAAAGUGUGCUAGAGAAAACGAAGGAAGGCAAGUGAAACAAAUCACAGCUAGAACAAGAAUGACUUGACUUGAAUAUAUCGCUAGAAUAGAAUGGAUAAAAAUAUAUACCGACCACAAGAUGUAAACACAUACGAUGUGAAGCACGUGUAGUACAAUAAAUCCAAAAAUGUACUUAUUGAUUCUCAUUUCUAGCGAUGUAUAAAUUUCAAAUAGUGACAGAUCAAUAGCAUUAUACAUGUAGCAUAACCGGUAAAAAAAUUAGAUUUUUCUACUGCGUAGAUGAAUAAAUGGACCAUCGGGUAUCCUUCAAGUUGGGCACUCCCUAUGUGAGGGUGUGGGUGUGGGUGUGGGUAUGGGGUAGAUGUGAGUGUGGACGUGUGUGGGUGUGUAUUGGCGUGUGACUAGGCAGAGAUUUGCGUCCACACACUCACACCCACACCCACACCCACAAUGGAUCUAUGAUCAAUAUUCUGUUCGUAUACAAAUAUUUAUUGAUUUAGCAAUAAAAACUGAUGAAAUUUAUCAUGUUGGUUAUAAAUUAAUGAAAAUUCUUAGUGAUAAUCUGUCUCAACAAGGUUAUAGUGGAUGUCAUGCUUUAUUAGAUGAAAGAAAUGUUUGUUUACAUAAAUUUUAUUUAUAUCUUGGGUUUACUGAUAUAGCAAAUAUUGAUCAAAAUGAUCAUAUGAUUCUUCUUGCAGAAAAUUUUAAAAUUAUUAAUUAUUUCUUUAUCUUCUUUCUUUUUGAAAAAAAGAUUUUUAAUUAA